GGUGUCACUAACUAAAAUUAAUUUAAUUCCACGUAUUAUUUACUGUCCUUGCCAUUUCUCUUCUAUAUAAACCUUCAAUCUUGCCACUCUCACCUCCCACUUCGAUUUUGAUUUGCGAAUUCAGCUUCAAUUCUUAAAAGCCUCAACACAAUGUCUUCUGAUCUCUCUGUUAUCCUCCCCCGUGUUCUCAUCGUUUCUAGACGUAGUGUUCGCAAGAACAAGUUCGUCGAUUUCGUCGGGGAGUAUCAUCUUGAUCUUAUAGUGGGGUACGGUGCAGUACCAGUGAUUGUGCCUCGUGUUUCUGGGGUUCACAUGCUGUUAGACAGCUUCGAGCCCAUUCAUGGCGUGCUUCUCUGUGAAGGAGAAGACAUAGACCCAUCUUGGUAUGAAGAAGACACAUCAGGCCUUUCACAGGAGGAACUUGAGGAAAUCAGAAGAGUUCAUGCCAGUGAUACAGCAAUUGAUAAAGAAAAAGAUUCAAUCGAGCUUAGACUCGCCAAGCUAUGCCUUGAGAGGAACAUUCCCUACAUGGGAAUUUGCAGGGGAUCACAGAUCCUUAAUGUUGCAUGUGGGGGUACUCUUUUUCAGGACAUAGGAAAAGAACUUUCUAGAAAGUGUCCUGAAAGCCAGAGAGUGGUACACAUAAACUAUGAUGACUAUGAUGGUCACAGGCAUAAGGUGAAAAUAGUGGAAAACACACCUUUGCAUAACUGGUUUAAGGAUUCUCUGGAAGAAGAUAAAAUGGAGAUUUUUGUUAAUAGUUAUCAUCAUCAAGGGAUUAAGAGAUUGGCACAACGCUUUGUUCCAAUGGCUUUUGCCCCAGAUGGUUUGAUUGAAGGGUUUUAUGACCCAGAUGCUUAUAAUCCUGAAGAAGGGAAGUUCAUUAUGGGAUUGCAGUUUCAUCCUGAGAGAAUGAGGAAGCCUGAUUCUGAUGAAUUCGAUUACCCUGGAUGCCCAUUUGCUUAUAAGGAAUUUGUGAAGGCAGUGAUUGCUUUUCAGAAGAAGGUGAAUAGCAUAACAUGUGUAGAAAGGCCUAUAAAGCUUAACAAGGAAAUGGAGAACAAGAGGAAGAUCAUAGUGAGAAGUUUCUCACUUGCCAAAGAUCUCUACAUCACAGGCAAAGGGAUGAACCCUACCAAGGACUCUGAACUUGAAGCAGGAGCAAAUUUCCUUGAGUCAAACAAAGCGUUGAGUGUGCAGCAAGAGAAGAGGUUAAAGCAGAUGGGGGCAACGGUUAGGAAUGCAGGAUCAUACAUUGAGAGGCUGAAGCUAAAUGAGGAAAGAGAAAGAAUGACAAGAAAUGUGAUGGCAAAAAUGACAGCGGAACAGUUAUCAGAGCUCUUAACUUUCUACCACACAAUGGGUCAAAUAUGUUCUGAGGUGUUGGAAAAGAAGUUUCAUGAACUUGUCAAUAAUGACUUUGUUGGGUCAUAACAAUUAACAUUAGCCUUUUUCUUGAUCUCUUGUUCAUUUCUUUUGUCUUUGUAUGGCCAUGCAAAGUAGGUAGGUCUCUCUCUUCUCUGGGGCUCACGAGGAUCUUGAACCAUAGGGUCCCACCUUGUUCUUUGAUUUCUUCUUUUGUACAUCUUUCACUCUUUCAGUUUCAAUGAAAGUGAUGUUAGUUACUACUGGUUCUCUCUCAA